AUGCAUGAUGAUGAUGAUGAUGAUGAUGAUGAUGAUGAUGAUGAUGAUGAUGAUGAUGAUGAUGAUGAUGAUGAUGAUGAUGAUGAUGAUGAUGAUGAUGAUGAUGAUGAUGAUGAUGAUGAUGAUGAUGAUGAUGAUGAUGAUGAUGAUGAUGAUGAUGAUGAUGAUGAUGAUGCACAUGAUGAUGAUGAUGAUGAUGAUGAUGAUGAUGAUGAUGAUGAUGAUGAUGAUGAUGAUGAUGAUGAUGAUGAUGAUGAUGAUGAUGAUGAUGAUGAUGAUGAUGAUGAUGAUGAUGAUGAUGAUGAUGAUGAUGAUGAUGAUGAUGAUGAUGAUGAUGAUGAUGAUGAUGAUGAUGAUGAUGAUGAUGAUGAUGAUGAUGAUGAUGAUGAUGAUGAUGAUGAUGAUGAUGAUGAUGCCAUGAUGAUGAUGAUGAUGUGA